AUGCCUUCCACUUUCAGAGCCUCGCGCUCAGGGCGACACCUCGAUGGUGCCCCAAACCGUACCCGCACCGGCCAAAUCGAUCACGAUGUCUUUGAGGGAUUGCCAGUGCGUCGCUGGUCCCGACAGCAGCACACCUUCUCUCAAGCGCCCAAGCCUGAUGACUCGGAAUUUGGUGUUCAAGGUCCAAGCGGAGGACCAACGCUACCAGAGCUCCCCAUGCCGAGGGACAGCCAGCUCUUGCCGCCAAUCAGUCGCGCACUCCUUCGUGCAGCCCGUGCUGGAUGUGUCCAUAUCCGCCAAGGCACUCGAGCAGCUGAUGAUGAGGAGAAAAGCGUGGCGGAUGCCGAAGACUCAGCCUCGGCAUCUCACAUGGUCGAUCGGAGCUUUACAACUCGCAAAUGGAUGACACUUCCCAAACACCUCGAGCCUGCGGAGGUGGAGUUUUUGGCAAAGAGGCGACCUGGUCUUCAAUCCCUUUAUGGUGCCACUGCUGGUACAGAUGGAAGCUCUUCGGGGCCCAUGAGGAGGACGAAGUUCAAGAAAGUUGAUCCUGAAACAGGCAAUAUCUCUAUCUACGAGGCAUGGGUGCCCGAGGGCCAUCGCAUCGAAGGAGAGAUCACUGGCGACUUACAGACGAUUGCCGAGCAGAGCCAAGUGUCUGUGAAGCCCGAGGCGCCUGCACCUGGAACAGUCGUCGAGGGGGUCGGCAUUGUGAAUGCUGAGGGUGUUGUUGUCGCGGAGGCUGGAUCAGCAGCUGUAAUGACACCUCCAAAGCGACGUCCACCUCCACCUAAACGAAAGGGCAAGGGCAUUGGAAAGGGUCGGAAGAAGAAGGUCAUGUUUGCGCCUGGCGAAGGAGCUGAUGCCGCGACAGUACAUGGAGGUGGUCCCGCUAGUGGCAAUGGGGAGGGAGGCGUCAAUAGAGAAGGCCAGCAGCAUGCUUCGCACAUUGACCAAGCUGGUCAGGAUGAAGAUGAUGAAGACGGCGACGAGGGCGACGAGAGCGACGACGGUGACGAUUCCAUGAUGGACGCGAAGACUCCUGAUACCCCUCAGCCUCUGUCUGGCGCAGAGUCUGUGGAUCAGCCUUCAUUCGAAACUCCCGUCUCGCAGUCAGUUGAUGUUGAGAUGUCAGAUGCCGUUCCUGAAAGCCAGCCUCCUGCCCCCGAGAUCUCUUCAUUAAGCGAAAAGGAGAAGCAAAACCAGCCGACCGAUUCAGGUGCAUCCCAGCCUGAAAAGACCCCAGAGGUGAAUUUCGGUGCCCUGACUUCUAAUGUUCCCUCAGAGAAAGCCGAGGUUACCGGUUUGAAUGAGAAGCCUGUCAUUUCGGAGUACGACAAGACCCCUACUUCUCCCACUAGAACUGCCGCAACUACAGGUGAACCCAUCGAGCCUUCAGCUAGAGUGAGCACGGCUCAAACCUCAGAUACCAAGGUGCAAGGGGAAGAAGAAGCCAUAGAGCCGAUGUCUAACCUUGCACCAAAGGAAGAACCUGCUCUCACAAGCCAGCAGGAUAACGGCAUUGCUCUGCCAACUGCCAGCCCCGAUAAAUCCCCAGAAAUCCCAGUAGCACUACCUCCGACCCAAUCGCAUCCACUGGAGCACCCAGAACCCGGGCAGACCGCAGUGUCAACCGAUGCUUUGGCUGAGACUCGAGAAUCUCAAAAUAUUCCAUACGAGUCCGUUUCCCAUCCCGCCACGCAAGAAAAACCCCCGGUAGCUAUCGAGCGCGAACAAUCCACCCCCUCCGACCCUUCUGGGCCCGGUCUACACCCGGAAGAAGCAAAAGAUGUUGAGAUGGGAGACGCCCCUGCACUAGAAGAAAGCCAAUUGCUGGAUGCACAGCCUCCCGCAAACCAAGACUUUCCUCAAGCACUACCAACCGCAGAUAAUCAACUGCCCAAGCCCACUACAGCUGCCGCAGACCCCAAUCUACUAGAGAAACCAACACCCACCGCAGACGAAGGAACAGAAGCGGCAAUCGCCACGAGUGUCCCUGACCAGAGUGUCAUCACCGAAGCAGAGACGCGCGAAGACUCUCGGUCUAGGGAAGCUAAGGAAGCCAACGAUGAACUCGAGCAGCACCCAGAUCCAAUUGCACAUUCGUUGGAGUCUACGUGA